AGAUUUAAAUAGCCCAAGCCCGAGGCAGCCAGGCCUCUGCUGUGGACUCAUCCGCCUCUCCGUGGCUCUAUUGGCGCUGGCCCCUUAAGGGUGGGCUCUAUUGGCUGCCCAGCUGUCAUUGACGUCCUCCUAGGAGCCGGGUGGCAGCUGGAGGUAAAUAGCCAUGUGCAAUUCUCCUCUCUAUAUUUAACAGCUGCUACAGAGAAGGUGGCGGCUCCUGUCUUCUGGGAGAAGGCCCUUGGAACUGGGCUGGGACUGGCCUUCUCAUAGUAAGUGAGGUCACCAUGCCAGCUUCCCAGAGCCGAGCCCGUGCCAGGGAUCGCAACAAUGUCCUCAACCGGGCUGAGUUCCUGUCCCUGAACCAGCCCCCCAAGGGGACCCAGGAGCCCAGAAGCUCAGGUAGGAAGGCCUCAGGGCCCUCAACACAGCCCCCACCCUCCAGCGACGGGGCCCGGGAGCGUCGCCAGUCACAGCAGCUGCCCGAGGAGGACUGCAUGCAGCUGAACCCCUCAUUCAAGGGCAUCGCCUUCAACUCGCUGCUGGCUAUUGACAUCUGCAUGUCCAAGCGACUGGGGGUGUGUGCUGGCCGAGCUGCAUCCUGGGCCAGUGCCCGCUCCAUGGUCAAGCUCAUUGGCAUCACAGGCCACGGCAUUCCUUGGAUCGGUGGCACCAUCCUCUGCCUGGUGAGAAGCAGCACCCUGGCUGGCCAAGAGGUGCUCAUGAACCUGCUGCUAGCCCUGCUCUUGGACAUCAUGACAGUGGCUGGGGUACAGAAACUCAUCAAGCGCCGUGGCCCAUAUGAGACCAGCCCAGGGCUCCUGGACUACCUCACCAUGGACAUCUAUGCCUUCCCUGCCGGCCAUGCCAGCCGUGCCGCCAUGGUGUCCAAGUUCUUCCUGAGCCACCUGGUGCUGGCGGUGCCGUUGCGCGUGCUGCUGGUGCUCUGGGCCUUCUGCGUGGGCUUGUCUCGGGUGAUGAUUGGACGCCACCACAUUACAGACGUCAUCUCAGGCUUCAUCAUCGGCUACUUCCAGUUCCGCCUGGUGGAGCUCGUAUGGAUGUCCUCCAACACCUGCCAGAUGCUUAUCUCUGCCUGGUGAGCUGCCACCCACCCCCACCCGGGCUCUGGGCAGAACUGGCCCCAGAGAGGUGGCUAGAGGUGGGUCAGUGGGGACGGACUGACUCAACUUCCCCAUCCAGGGGAGCUGGUUUGUUAAUACUGUGGGGGCUUUGUCUAUUUCACUGGACUCUGCAUCCUUAGAGGCAGCCAGGACGACUCACACGGCAGUCGUGCUUAGCCUCCAUUCCUUGUCUGAAGGCAACAGACAAGAACAAGAUGGCCGUGGGAGGGGCAGAGUCUUGUCCCCUCGUCACCAUGACAGUAGCAGCUGUACUGUGCUACCACACCAUGGCACAAAGUUUGGGGAAGUACGCCCACCACUCAUCCAACACAGGAGCUGGUCUAUCAGUGGUCACUGACAGCUUAGGGUAGCAGGUUCCAAAGGGUACUUUGGGGCCCCAGCUUGCAAGAUACUUCGGAGGGAAAGGCUUUUGUGUCCCAGUGCAUUUUGGGAAGUCCUGCAAACUUGGCCCCACAGUGGAUGUUCACAAGAACGUAGAUUGGAAAGACACUGACGUGGCCUAUAGAAAACCCAGCCAUUGAAGUCUUGUUUAGCUCAGCAUUUCCGAAAUUUACUUGACCAUAGGAGCCUUUUCUUCAGAAAUAGCUAUUAACCCACCAGGAACCUAUUGAAUCUGCGAAGCUGCCGCCCAGGAGCAGGAGGGCCUGGGAUGUGAGCUAGCCUCUCCCAACACCCAGCCCUGAGGCCUGGGGAAGGCAGGUGCUCCACAGAAAGACCUGCAGAAGGUUCCUGCCAUGGUCUCUGGUCAUUGCUGCUGCUUUGGCCCCCAGGGGCCGGACUCUGUGUGACCUAAUAGGUCGUUUCCAAGUCAGACACUUAGGGAUAUGCAUUUCAUGUGACAAUACAGUGAUAUGAAAAUG